CCCAGCCCAGGCCCCGCCCACCCCUAUAAAAGCCCGCGCGGGGGUGGGGCGCCAUUGUGCUGCGGAGCAGGCCGCAGCCGCGAGUGUCCCGAGGCCUUUUCGUCCCGCCGGCGCCCGAUCUUGCUUUUCGGCUCUCACGCCUUCUUCCCUCUCUUUCCCCCUUUUUUUUCUCCCUUUCUAGGUCGCGGGAGAUGCCGCGCGUCUAUAUCGGCCGCCUGAGCUACCAUGUGCGGGAAAAGGACCUGCAGCGCUUCUUCAGCGGCUACGGCCGCUUGCUCGAGGUCGACUUGAAAAACGGGUAUGGGUUUGUGGAAUUCGAGGAUUCCCGGGACGCGGAGGACGCCGUUUACGAGCUGAACGGCAAGGACCUGUGCGGGGAGCGGGUGAUCGUGGAGCACGCCCGCGGCCCCCGCCGGGACAGGGACGGCUACAGCUACAGCAGCCGCAGUGGAGGAGGAUAUAGCAGUAGAAGAGCAUCAGGAAGAGAUAAAUAUGGACCACCUGUUCGCACAGAAUACAGAUUAAUUGUUGAAAACCUUUCCAGUCGCUGUAGUUGGCAGGAUUUGAAAGAUUUUAUGAGGCAAGCUGGUGAGGUAACCUAUGCGGAUGCUCACAAAGAACGCACAAAUGAAGGAGUAAUUGAAUUCCGUUCUUACUCUGACAUGAAGCGUGCUCUGGACAAAUUGGAUGGUACAGAGAUAAAUGGACGAAAGAUCAGGCUGGUUGAAGACAAGCCACGGUCAAGCCAUAGACGAUCUUAUUCUGGCAGUAGAUCAAGGUCCCGUUCCAGAAGGAGAUCACGUAGUAGAAGUCGUAGGAGCAGCCGCAGUAGAUCCCGUAGUGCCUCAAAAAGCCGAUCUCGCUCUAAAUCUAGGUCUCGAAGCAAAGAUCGUUCACGGUCCAGAUCGAAAAGUAGAAAGUCGAGAUCAAAGAGCAAGUCUAAGGUGAAAUCUGACAGGGGUUCACAAUCCCGCAGCAGAUCCAAAGAGAAGUCUGAGAAGUCUCGCAGCAGAUCCAGGUCUGUGUCUCGAUCGCCAAAAGAAAAUGGUAAAGGAGAAGCAAAGUCUAAAUCAAGGUCAAGGAGCAGAUCUCGUUCCAAUUCGCCAAUGCAGGAUGAACCAGCAAAGGCACGGUCAGAAUCCCCACCCAAGAGGAAUGAAUCGCGAUCCCGGUCACGAUCACAUUCAAAAUCCCGCUCACGUUCACGAUCCAGUUCACAAGAUUAAUGCUGGAACUCAUUUCCCUUUUCACAUGAUUAUGGAACAUUUGUAUUCCAGGCCAGAGGUCUUUUUUAUGUUAGUAUUGGCGAAGUUGGCCUGCUUAGUUGCAGAAAGAAGCAGUCUGAAAACCACAUAAGCGAGGCGCAAAAGUUUGAAAUAUCUAAAACUGUUUAUGAAAGUGGCAAAGAGCAGGAAAAGAUUAUCUUUUUGUAGAAAUUAGGGCAAAUCCUUGAUUAUUAUUUUUUAAUAGUGCCCCAUCGGAAAUCUGGGGAGUGGAAAAUGAGUUUUAUAUAAAAUCUUUUGAGUGCAGAAGGUUUUUGGAAAGGUUAACUAUUCGUAAAUGUUUCCGUUAUUUAAAAUUACUGGAAUUAAUAGGCUAUGGCUUGCUUCUAAAAGUGCAUGAGAGCCUUAGUGAACAGGUCAGAGGUGCUUAUAAAGCUGAUAAGCCAACUAUGAGUUUGAAUUGGAACACUUCUUCUGUGUUGUACCCAAACUUGCCAGAAGUUACUUCUUUGCUCCUUUGUCACCAUCUUGAGGCAGUAUUGACAACGUAAUAAAGAUGAUCCUCUCUAACUUUGCAUGCUGCAGUUUUGCCUAACAAAAUAAAGCUAACAUCAAGUGAAAUUCAAGGUACCACAUUACUUUUUAGUUGCCAAGUUCUUUGGUUGGUUGUUUUGUUGUUGUCUUAACUGCUGCCACAUUCUGCAUCUCAGUUAUAAGAGGUUGCUAACUUCCCAUGAAAUUGAUGGCACUUGAUGAAACUUCUUGUACUGAACUUAAGUUCUAGUGUUAAUGGGUAGUCAAGAACUAGAUUUCCCAUUAUGAUUUGUGCAGCUGGAUUAGAAAUAAAAUCAGUUCCCCUAAUGUUUGUAGCAAACCAGUUAGCAACAAUAACAGAAUAUUAGCACAGCCGUGUAACCUUUAUACAAUGUGUAGUUUGACUUGUAUAAAAUUAAAUCAUUGACUCCAGUGUUUGUAGCAUAGCUUUAUUUGCUAGAUGAUGUUAUAGAGUAGUCUAACCUUAGCUUUGGUAUGCGAGUAAAGGAAAUUGGAAAUGGCCUGUGAUGUUGGUCUAUUGCAAAUGUUAUCACAAAUGAUUUAAUACUAUUUGAAAUGGGAAACUGAUUCCUCUUUUUACUUAGAUUGUUUAUCAAACUUUAUGCUUUUUUUGGGUAAACUCAUAACAAUGUCUACUCUUUAGCUGCCAUUUAGCAGCAAUCCAAGCCCUGAAAACUGAAAUAGUUCAGGUUAGUACAAGUUUCACUAGCCCCACAGCUCCCCUGAUGAUGCUUAACAAUCAUGCAAGACACUGGUCAGCCCCUCCUCUUUACUUCAGCUCUAGUGAUAAGCCGAUACAUUUUCAGGGACCUUAUUCUCUAGAAUCAUUUGUAUUUUUCUGACCUAUAAUGAGAGCUCCAUAAGGUUGUUUUUCUUUGGGCUUAUGAAGUUAUUUUGUAUUUUGCGGGGAAUAAGCAUGUUCAGAGGUGGUGUACAUGGCCAAAGAAUACAAUACAUCAAAAAUGCAGCCCUAAAAUUAGAAACUGAAGCAAUGCAGCAUACCAUUUGGGUGGCAUAACAAAAUACCUGUUGAAAUACGGUAUUCAGCAUAAGCUUCAAGCAGGAAAAAAGGGGCCAAUUAGGCCAUAAGCUAGAAUUUAAUUGUCCCUUCUCUUGAAUUAAUGCAGGAGAAGGUCUUAAUAGCCCUGAUAAUUCAGUUGGUCUAGAAUGCUGCACCCAGAGGUAGGUGUGUGGCUAGGACUCCAGAUUAUUCUUUGCCAGUUUUUAUAGGUUCAGUUUAAGGUGCCAGUUGCAGACCAUGACUGAAAUUGUUCAGAAUAUAUAGGCAUUUAACUAGUGUGGAUCAUUGUUCAACAACUUUGUUAGGAUUGUCACAUAGGAAACCUUACUUGCUGAAAAGCAAAACUGGGUA